UCACCCCCGCCCCCCGACUGCGGCGCAGGCGCCAACACAACCCGCUUCUGCUCUGCUUGUGCUCGCGCUCGGCAGAGACCGCGGACCAAGAGGGACCCAGGAUGCCGAGCUGUGACCGUCCCUGUGGCUGCAGCCGAGGCCCUAACGUGGAAGACGGCAAAUGGUAUGGGGUCCGCUCCUAUCUACACCUCUUCUACGAGGACUGUGCAGGUACCACCCUCAGCGAUGAUCCUGAGGGGCCGCCCGUACUGUGCCCUCACCAGUCUUGGCCCACACUGUGCUGGAAGAUCAGCUUAUCCUCUGGUGCCCUGCUUCUGCUGCUGGGUAUGGCGGCCCUGAUCACUGGCUACGCAGUGCCCCCCAAGUUGGAGGGCAUCGGAGAAGGCGAGUUCCUGGUGUUGGAUCAGCGGGCGGCCGACUACAACCAGGCCCUGGUCACCUGCCGCCUGGCAGGCACAGUGCUCUGCGGGGCAGCUGGGACCCUGCUGGCCAUCUGCCUGAUCUGGGCCAUGACUGGUUGGCUGGGCCAGGACGCCAAGGCGGAACCCUUGGACACUGAAGUCGACGGCCACGUGGAGGUCUUCGGGGAUGAGCUGGAGCAGCAGCUGUCCCCCAUCUUCCGUGAUGCCAGUGGCCAGUCUUGGUUCCCGCCACCCACCAGCCACUUUGGGCAAUCCUCUGUGCAGACCAUCCAGCCCAAGCGGGACUUUUGAGUUGCCCAUGCAGCCAGAGGAGGAGCCAGACCUGGGGUCUAGAGGCUUCCUCCUCUCCACCACAGCCCACCUUCCCACCAUAUCCCUAACUUAUCCCUUUCAGUGGGGUCCCUUCCAUGGAAGCCCCUAGAAGGCCCAACCCCAAGUCAGAAAGUCUGGACCUCACAUCUCUGUGUCCCUUCCCAGGGGUGGGGCCCUAACUCAUCCAAGAUGCCAGCCUUCCCUGAGUCCCCACAAAACUGCCCACCCAUCCCUCCUCUACAAGGCCAUUCAGAAACAGAAAACAUCUCUCUCACCCUAUCCACACUCUUUCCUCUAUAUGACCUUGGGCAAGUCCCUCACCCGUUCAGACCAUUGGUUCCUGCCUCUGUACUAUGAACGAUGUGGACCAGAUUCUAGAGUUCCAUGACUUUCUUUUUCUCCCCAGGAUAUAAGUAUUACCUGCCAUAGGCAAAGAUGGGGGAGGGGUAGUAGGGUCCUUCUUCCGCACUGACCCCUCGCUCUGUCAGCUGCACCAGGAUGCCUUGGGAUGAGUCAAAGAUUCUCACUAGGACCAGGAUGGUGUGAAAGUAUUGACCCCCUACAAUAUGCUUUCUAUGCAUCUUGCUGUCAGAGCCCCUGAGUCCACCCCAUCCUGGGCUAGUCCCAGUUUACAGAUAAGGUGGUUGAGAGAGGCUGGCAGUCCGCCUGCCUGAGUUUGCAGGAACUUGGACCCAUGUCUCUAGACUCUAGAUUUUGUUGUACGGCUGGAGCGGGAUGCCACACCUUCCUGGCCUUCAGGGGACCCUGCAGGGAUGGCACAGGUUUGGCCCAGAGAGACUUGCUGUUGUUGUUCAGUCAUUCAGUCGUGUCCAACUCUGCAACUCCACGGACUGCAGCACGCCAGGCUUCCCUGUCCUUCAUCAUCUCCCAGAGCUGGCUCAAACUCAUGUCCAUUGAGUCAGUGAUGCCAUCCAACCAUCUCAUCCUCUGUCAUCCCCUUCUCCUCCUGCCUUCAGUCUUUCCCAACAUCAGACUCUAGUCUCCCAGAGAGACUGGCUGAUGCCUAAUGGUCCCAGGUGGCUCAGAAGACACUUUGGACAUGCAUUUAAAUGGUCUCUAAGAGCUAGAAGACAGGAGAACUGGAAUGUCUUUGCCCCUCAGAGCCCACCCACCUAGAAACACAGCAACAAAUGUGCCUGGUCCAUCUCCCCAGCCAGAUGCAGCAUCUCUGUUCCCAACCACUAGGGGGAGCUCCAGGACAGCUGGAGAAAAAGGCCCAAGGAUCAUGCCUCUACCAUCUCCCCUCAGUCUCACCGAGUGGGGGUAUGGGAGGGUAGGGGGAUUUGGGGCAGGCCAUCCUGGGAGGGUCCUCAGUCCUCCUCCAGCAGGCAGGCUCUACUGCUUCUCCCCAUAUUUCACCCUCCCGGCUACCCCCCAACCCCGCCCCGCCCCGCC